AUUAUGAAGCAGAAGAGCUGAGGCAGCAGUGUGUGUGCUUUCUUACGUACAUUAAAGUCUUUGUUCACAGGUUCGUGGAGGUUCCUUGUGCCGCAGAUGAGGAGGUCAGUCCACCGUUCGCUGAGAUGGAGGCUCAGUUCCCCUCUGCUUUAGUGGAGGAGCUGUUCAGCCUCAUGUUGCUCGUCGGCAGACUCGGAGAUUUACCGGCUAAUGUACAGAGUGCCUUUACCAUCCAUCACCAGGGAAAGCUUUUCCCUCCAUCAUGGCAUUUACUGCACCUCCACCUGGACGUUCACUGGGCCCUCCUAGAGAUCCUGCACAUAUUAGGACAGAAACUGAUGGGUCAGGUCGUAUAUGGACAACAGUUUGUGGAUUUAACAGGAGAAACCCUCACCAACAUCAGCCUGUUUGGGGAUCAUCUCAACAACCUGCUGUGUGACCUCAUGACUCUCUCCAUGGACACGUACAGCAGGGUGAGACCCACCGAGGCCUUGAUCAGCCAUCAUUACCAGUGUACGUGUACCAAAGAGCUCUGGAUUCUGCUCAUCCACUUCCUGGAACACAGGAGCAAAACCUUACACACUCAGUCCUUCUGGGGUUAUUUAAAUGCUCUGCUGAACUCGGUCCUGAAGGGGGCGCCGUCUGCAGUCACCCCACACUGUAAGGACAAGCUGGGCUUCACCUGGUGGCUCAUCACGCACCUCACCCAACUCGGCAUGUACAACCGCAACGGAGCGCUCCAAAACGAGCUGGAUGAUAACUGGAGUUUUGUGUGUGAGCUGCUGAAGUCCAGCUGUGACGUGAAGGUGGCGGUACAGGAGGAUCAGAUGAGGAUGUACCUACACUGCUGUCUCUCUCUCAGUAUGAUGUGGGAGAGCAACCUCACGUCCAUCAACACACUGUGGGACUUCUACAGCAGGAACCUGAAUGGAUCGUUCACAGUUCCGUGGUUGGGCGUGUCAGGAUUGGCCAGUGUUGGCUCCACCCCCUUGGCUUUGCUAGAACAGGCCAAGAGCUGCUGUAGCCCCGCCCCUUUCAACUCCACGAGCCACGCCCAGCUGUAUCGCUCCACCACUUCUUUUCUUAUUUUUCUUCGUAUGCUAGCGCUGCACCUGAAGCAGCAGAACGGCGCCCCCUGGAGGCAGAUUAAGGGCAGGAUCUACUCUAAAUUCCACGAGCGGCGUAUGGCUGAGCUUUCUGAGAGCGGAUUACAUCAUUUCCUGCUCCUCUUCCUGGUCCUGUCGCUCUGCGCUGACCUAGAGGACACCGCCGGCCGCGCCCUGGACCUGUUAGCGUAUCGGUUGCCUGCGGCGGUGACGGUGAUGUCGUGGCGAGGACGAUUAGCUCUGCUGCUGGCGUAUGUGGAGCGAGGCGUGGACGUAGCUGGGGCCGCCGGCCGGAUCUCUGGCUCCUUCAGCAACGCCGCGAGAGAGUUCUACCUCAAGACCACACCCCUGCCGAGGAGGGCGGAGCUGUGGCGCUUAAUCUCUGCCUACUUGGAAGGUGUGGGGCAGGUGUGGCAGAGCAGCGCCACCUUGUGUCUUUCAGAGGAAAGGCUUAUCAACGAGGGCUUCGGCCUGCUGCUGCCUGCGUGUGGCGCUAAAGAGCUCGACACGGCGCUCGAUUUCCUGCAGAUGGUGCUGAUGCAGCUACGGAGGGUACAGCAGUCUUCUCUCUCUGGUUCUCUGGAGUCUGCUGGUGCUGCUCCUCCUCUCAGUGUGGUGAAAGAGCACCAUCUAGCAGUAGCAGUCACCCUGUGGACUCACUUCCUGCCGUUCCUGCGCUCACACAGACUCUCUCAGACCCCCCCGGGCGAGCUCGCUCACGCCGCUGCAGGUUUUACUCGGUUAGCUUUGGAUCUGCCUAACUCCGCCCCUCAGAACCUCCAGCCCCGCCCACUCCAGUAUAUGCUUCAGUGCUUUGGCUGGGAUGAGAUGCUCCGGCCACUACUUGUGACCCGCUACCUGAACCAGCUACUGAAUAACGAGCAUUUGGUGUGUAAGAUGUGCAGUGGGUGUGAUUCAGCUCAAGCGUUGUGUGUGAAAGCGUGGAUUCGCUGUAUUCUACAGCAGCAUCAGCACAUCAGCAGCCCCGACACCCCCCACCCCAGCAGAGCAGACAGGGAUCUAAAGGAACAGUUGUGUGAGUUGACCGGAUUGAUCCUCAGGUUACCGGAGGUUCAGUCUCUGUUUCAGCGAGCCGGACUGAACACCGACACGGCGGCACUAGAACCCAAACCUGCACUCAGCCUCUUCAUAAAGUCUGUAGGUCGUGUGUAUCACUCUCUGCAGGUACAGACUGAGCGUAUAUCUCUGGUGUGUAAAGCUCUGGAGUAUGUAGGAGACCUCAUGAAGUUCAUCAAACCAAACCUACUGAACAGGAGUCCAGAGGGUCUGCACACCACCUACUGGGUCCUCGGCUGUGUGGUUAAGCAGUGGAGCCCCCUGCUGGCCACAGCUAAAGCUCAGCCCCUCCUCCUGCGCAUCAUCGACGUCCUCUUGCUACCUCAUUCGCUGCUGCAGGAUAAAGCCCCGCCCACACAACUCAUCUCCGCCCUCCGGGACACGCUCCCUCUCUACCUGCAGGGUUUGUCUGUAGCAGUGGGCGUGGCCCAGACUCAGGUUUCAUACCUGAAGCAGCAGCUGCGUAACGUCGUCAGUCAGUACCUGAGCCGAUUCCUCCAGGCCACACCCACUAUCGGAGCAGUAGCCAAUCACCCGGUGCUGCUGGCUGGCUGUGAGGCCACGCCCACCCCACACGGGGCGGCACUGAGGCGGAGCAUCCUGCAGGUGAUCAGAGAGAACUUCCUGCAGUUUAGAGGCCACGCCCCUCCUCCUCGACUGACAGCCGUGCUCAUGUUUCUAUUGGAGCUCCUGAGACGCAGUAAUGACACUGACCCCGCCCUCCUCACGCUGCCCCUCCCACCUGUACUGCGCUGUCUGAUGCUGGUUAAUGAACCUCAAGUGAGGAAGUUGAGUACGGAGUGUGUGCAGCUGAUGGUGGAAAGAAGUUCCUCUGCAGCCGGAGGAGAACCGUGUGAGGAGCUCAUCAUCUCACUACGUACGUUUGUAGAGGAGAACGAGGGUGUGUAUGAGGUUCAGAUGUACAGCGUUUUGGAGACGGUAGCGGUUCUCAGCCCCCCGGCGGUGGCGGCUCUGGUUCCGGUUCUGUCUCUGAGUUUACGGAACACGGAGCAGAAGAGAGGACUCGGGAGGAACAGCGCCCUCAGGAACGGGUACAGGACUCUGUUGGCACUGUUAGGAGACGCCGGUCAGGCUGAGAUGGUUCAUCUGGAACAGGACUGACCUUUGACCUCUGUGAUAAUACUGUAAAUAUUGUGUUCGUGCAGGAUUCAUGUGUUAUUAUAAACAUUUUCAAUAAAUCUAAAAUCUGAUUGUUAA